AUGGCUAGUUACGCUUCUCCUACCUCUCUACAUUGUCUCGCAAUUCUACUGGGCUUCAAUCUGUAUGCACGCUUAGCCUCUGCCCAGAGUGAUGAUGGAGGCGCAGCUGGAGGGGUUGAGCCUGGUGAUAUUGGCUCUGGGUCGGAUCCUCAGGACUCGGCCGAUGCAGGAGCCGCUGGACCAGAUACAGGCUCUGUGAACCUGAGCCGAGGGGCGACAGUGGCCAUUGCGGUUGUUGUCAGUAUUGUGGUUGUUCUGGGCAUCACGCUGGCUGUUCUCUAUUUUCUGGCCAAAAAGAAACAGUGGAAGAUCAAGGAAGGACUUCGACGAUCUGUGCGGAGGGUCGGAAGCGCAGUCAAGGCCGUCACGUCACCGAUGACACCUAAAAUGAUGAGCUUCCCUCGCGCGACGAAGAACAGAUACCCCGACAACUCGGGGGAUCGGUCGCAGAAAACAGACACUCGACUGGAGGCCGGUCCGAGAAGCUACAGUAGCCGAUCAAACCGCGUCUACGACGCUGAAAAGGGCUUGCCCGCCUCUGCGAUCCGAGUGGAGACCAGCGAAACGGACAGUGUCAAGAACCAGAGAAAAGAUGGCUCGAGACCUAGGCCACCGAAAGUGAAUAUACCGUCAUCGUCUUUCGAGAUGGACAGCCCCAAGACCCCGAUGUGGAAGAAAGUGUUUGGAAGAUAG